AUGCUGAAGAGCUAGAGGAACCGUGAACCACCCUCCGUCAGCAACACUAGCUUCCCAUCACAGGAAAUACCCAAGCGUUUCAUCCCUUCUCAACAGCACCCUACGGUAACCUUCUCCUUGAUUUUGGGGCAACCAGUUCGGAUCAGACCUGAUCUGAUCAAAGUUUUCGGACUGAGAGCAAUGGUUUUCAGCCCAGCUCCUGUUACCAGUUACGUGGAUGCCAGCCGCUCAGUGUUUGUGGAUGACCGGUCGGCCGACGCGCUCUUGGUUUCGUGGGAGGGGGGAAAAGACGAAGCACAAAUGAAAGCCACAACCAACUUCAGCUACUCUAGAAAUUACAGCAACUGCACCAGCGAUAACAAAAUCAGUCAAGUCAUUUUUCCUUUGCUUUAUACAGUUCUGUUCCUGGUGGGUAUCACCAUGAAUGGCCUAGCAAUGUGGGUCUUUUUUAAAAUAUCCAGUAAAUCCAAUUUCAUCAUCUUCCUCAAGAACACCGUCAUUUCUGACUUGCUCAUGAUCUUGACUUUUCCAUUUAAAAUCCUUAGCGAUGCAAAGUUGGUAUCAUGGGUACUGAGAGGAUUUGUGUGCCAGGUGACCCAGGUUGUAUUUUACUUCACCAUGUACAUCAGCAUUUUGUUUCUCGGUCUAAUAACUAUCGAUCGCUAUCAGAAAGCCACUUCGCCAUUCAGAACAUCAACACCAAGGAGCCUUUUAGGUACCAAGAUCCUGUCCACAGCAAUUUGGAUAUCCAUGUUUGCUCUUUCAUUACCCAACAUGAUUCUAACGAACAAGAAGAAAACGCCUAAGAAUGUAAAAAAGUGCGCUCUCUUGAAAUCUGAGUUUGGCUUAGUCUGGCAUGAAAUCGUAAACUAUAUUUGUCAACUUAUCUUCUGGGUUAAUUUAGCAGUCAUAGUUGUAUGCUACAUACUCAUAAGUAAAGAACUGUACAAAUCCUAUAAAAGGACAAGAUGCACAGGAAAGGCAUCCAAAAAGACUGUAAAUCUGAAGGUUUUCAUCAUCAUCGCAGUGUUCUUUAUUUGUUUUGUGCCAUUCCACUUUACUAGAAUCCCCUACACAUUGAGCCAAACAAGAGACGUUUUUGAAUGCUCUGCUCAGAACACCUUGUUCUACUUGAAAGAGAGCACGCUGUGGCUGACAUCGCUAAAUGCUUGCCUAGAUCCAUUCAUAUACUUUUUCCUUUGCAAAUCGUUUAGAAAGUCCUUGCUAGACAUGCUGUGCACGCACAUAGCAUCAUCAGAACUCCGAGCACGGAUGAAGGAGCAGAACGAAGGAGAUGACACAGAUGAGACACCGCUCUAG